AGCAGUGGCGGCACGUGCAGCGCUGUCCCUGGACGGUUCGAGCCCAUCCCGGUGCUUCCCGAGGGAUCCCAGCGGAGCCGCCGACAUGCCCAACGCGCGGGCCGGGAAGCGCUCAGACCGCCGGGACGGCCGCGCCGGCGGCAUCCUCUUCAAUACCGGGGCCGGGCAGCACAUCCUGAAGAACCCCCUCGUCGUCAACAGCAUCAUCGAGAAGGCUGCUCUGCGCCGCACGGAUGUGAUUCUGGAAGUGGGCCCGGGAACCGGCAACCUGACAGUAAAGAUGUUGGAGAAAGUAAAAAAAGUUAUUGCAUGUGAAAUUGAUCCUAGACUUGUUGGUGAACUUCAGAAGCGAAUCCAGGGCACGUGUCUGGCAAACAAACUUGAAAUCAAGGUCGGAGAUAUCUUGAAAACAGACUUACCAUUCUUUGAUGCAUGUGUGGCUAACUUGCCUUAUCAGAUUUCUUCACCUUUUGUUUUCAAGUUAUUGCUUCAUAGACCUUUUUUCAGGUGUGCAAUACUUAUGUUUCAAAGGGAAUUUGCACUUCGUUUGGUUGCAAAACCAGGAACUAAACUGUACUGCAGACUCUCCAUUAAUACUCAGUUAUUAGCUCGAGUGGACCACCUGAUGAAGGUUGGAAAGAACAACUUCAGGCCUCCUCCCAAAGUUGAAUCCAGUGUUGUAAGAAUAGAGCCAAAGAACCCACCACCUCCCAUCAACUUCCAGGAGUGGGAUGGUCUGGUAAGGAUAGCCUUUGUUAGGAAAAACAAGACACUUUCUGCAGCAUUUAAGUCAAGUGCUGUAGAGCAGUUGCUGGAUCAUAAUUACCGAAUUCAUUGUUCCUUACAUAAUACAGAAAUACCUGAAAACUUCAAAAUUGCAGAGAAAAUACAGACAGUCCUAAAAGAUACAGGUUACUCUGAAAAACGAGCCCGCUCAAUGGAUAUAGAUGAUUUCAUUCGAUUGCUGCAUGGCUUCAAUUCAGAAGGCAUCCAUUUCUCAUAGAUCCUACUAGAAGAAUGACAGGUGUUGCUUUUUGUCACCAAAGUCUUCCCUAAGCCAGAGCAAGUGAAGUGGGACAAGCUCUUAUGCUUGGGCUCUUAUUAAAAUGUUAGAUGUGGCUUUAUCACAAACAGCAGGCAAGCUCUGCUGCUUGGUAUUUUAAAAACAGUACAUUCUUUCACAACUGAAGCAAGGUGUUGGACUUCCUCAUGACAAUGUAUUUCUGAAUAUACCCAAAACUGGAUUGAAGUUGCCAUAAUUGAAAUCUAUGUUCUCUGAUCACUUCCGUAUAUUGCAUUAUACUCAACAUUACAACCAUAACUGGUCUGGACAACAAAAGUGGAGUUGUGAUCAUUCCCUUUGGUUGGUUGGUUGGUUGUUUUAAAGUGUAUUUAAACACUUUCUUUUGAUUUGAAAUGCCUCUCUCUUCCAGUUGUCCUCUGGUAACUACCCACAUUCCAAGUCUGUUAGUAAUCUGCCUCUCUUUGAGAAAUUUUGAGAAAAAAGUAACUCUUCCUUGGGAACAACAGCAUUUAUCUUGUGGGCUUGGUAUCACUUACAGAAACAUUACUGUGGUACCUGAAACCACCAGUGUAAUCACCUUUACCUUCUUCCCCACUGUAGUAACUAGAAGAAAACUACCAAAGGGCCACAUCUCAUAAGCACAGAAGAAGGGUUUUUUUGGCCAAGUACAAUUUGAAGUAGCUAUUUUUGUAAGAUAACUGUUUCACCCUUCAAGGCAAAGAGGAGUUUUAGCAUAGAUCAAAGCUUUCAUUGAGACUUAGAGCAGUCAUCCCUGUGUCCUCACAGAAAAGUAUUGAAGUGUCUUUAAUAUAGUUUGGGUUAUGAGUUGUUAAGGACAAGGGAGACCUUUUCCAACAAAGUUUGCAUUAACUGCAGCACAGCUGUCAAAAACAUCAACUGUUAACUGUAGCAUCAUGCAGGGGUGAAAGCAUCACCCUGUGUAUUAAAUACCAUGUGAUUUUUUUCAGAUACAGUGUAGUGUAUCUUUCCAUGAGACAAGUUAAGUGCAAAAGAGGCAAAUUAGCAAAACCUCCUCUAAGAUAAACUUCAUUUAUAUGCAUCAUUGAAUCAUUAGGGAAAGAUCUCUUGAGUCCAACUAGCCCCACCACUGACAUCCCCCCUCAGUUCUUUAGAAGUCAUUGAUUCACAAAUAGACUUGAAUUUGCAGGCAUCCUGAGAUGUUGACUUUAAAAGCUGAAUUGCUCAUUUAUUUCACAGUUUAAUAAUUCAGUAAUUCUCAUGCUGCUUCACUGCAUGCAGAACCAAAUUGUGAGUUGGGUAAUAGCCACAAGGAAUAUGCUCAGACUAAUACAGAAGGAACAAAUGCUGGAGGCUUGUGUCACACUUCGUAAAUGCUUUCAUUUUACAGGACAGGAAUUGAGGAUAAGCUUGCCUGUCUGUACUUCCAGUCCAUCAUGACAAUGGGCUACAGGAAGUCAGGUGCCUAACCAGCCAUAUCAGGUUAUCUCAAUUCUCACUGCUUCAGUAUCUUUAUAGGUCACACUUAGAGCAGGCUCUGGCACAAAGACUGGAUGUAGACACAGUUUCUGCUUGCAUGUGCUGCCUGACAGGACACAUGUUAUUACACAGCUUAGUAAAAAGCUGCUCAAAGUGAAUUCUGUCCUUCCUGUUCCCUUUGGUACCGGCAGGAAGCCACAGCCUGGUUGUGGCUCUACGGACGAAUAGUAUGGAAGCCACUGUUACUCAUGUAGGACGUCUCAAUCUUCACAGACUUUACAGAAUUCUGUAGGAGCAGCUUCAAAGGAACCCUCUCGUAUUACACAAUAACCUGCCUGCUAACAAAAGCUAUUGUCUGCCUUUUCAAGUUAUUUUUUUCUUUUAAAUGUGAUGGAUGAUGUUCGUAAACAUUGAGAAAGGUGUGAUGUUUCUUUUAAGACCUGAUGCAAAACUAAGUUAGGACAGUGCUCCGGGAAAUUUCUUCCUGUAUGACGAACUUGUGGAGAAGAAUUGGCUGCAGAAGGAAAUACUUUCUCUGAAUUCAGAGUAAGUAUUCUUUUCAAAAAUAUAACUAAUGUGCUGACAAAUUUAAACCCUUCUGAAAGAAUAACAAAAAUUCUCAGAUGUUGUUCAUUUAAUAGCUUAAUUUAUUAAACACAUUAUGUAAAAUCUA